AUGACAGAAAGGUCCCUAUCAAUCUCGACGCAGAAUGCGACCCAGACUAAGCCUGUCUUCCUCACUUCUGUUGAGGCCCUUACCCACGAUAUCCAACCCGCUACCGAGUUGGCGGACGAAGAUUACACCAUCAAAUGCAUCUGCAACAAUUGUGAAGACGAUGGAAACACGAUAUAUUGCGAAGAUUGCUCGACGUGGCAGCAUAUCGAUUGCUAUUACGACCGCUCUGUAGAUGUGUUGAGGCCAGACUUCGCUCAUUCUUGUGUUGAUUGCUCACCACGAGAUCUCGGUCCACAUGCGAACGAAAGGUCGCAAUAUCGACAGAGUAAACCUACCCAUGAUAACAAUGACAAAAAAAAUAGAAGGCCGGCGGCAAAAAGUCACAAAAAGAAGACCGUGAAGCCCUCUGAAAAUUAUGGUUUCAAUGACCAAGAGGGCCACGAGAAUGCUGGCUCUCUCGUGGCUCAUACACAGAAAAGAGCGAAAGGUCAUCGGUCGCAUCAUUCCGUUAGCUCUCAAGCUACCAAACGAAAUCAUAACCACCCUCCAAGCCCUAACCACACAGCAGGAAAUCUGCCAGAGAAUUUCGAAAUCCAUUCCCUCUCCGUCAUUUUCCACUCGCUCUAUGAUGUUCAAUCACAAGAAAUUAAUACAAAUACAUUAGUCGAUCUAUCUGUCACGAGCAAAUUAGCUUUGUGGAUCAAAGAGGGUAAGCUGUUCGAAGAAGAUGUUGGCAAGAAAUUCGAUGAUGUUGUUCAAAAAACCGAGAUGCGACUUGAUCCGCACCAAUUCCCAAAGUUGCACGUUGACGUCAAGACCGCUCACAUCAACAAUACGAAUGUGCAAUGGAAAUCUCUCGUCACGACAACGAAAACUCCGGCGAACAAACCAAUUGGAGAGAUGAAUGGCCAUGUCGGGUUUCAAUCAGACUACCAUAAGAACCCAGACAAUGGGUGGGAAGAGUGUCCUCAUCCACGCCCUCUUACCUUUUUCAUUCCCGGAUUACCCUUGUAUAUUGAUACAAGAAAAGGAGGAUCCCAGUGCCGAUACAUUCGACGAAGCUGUAGGGCGAACGCAAACUUAGAAACAUAUAUUGUUGCCAAUACAAGCGAGUAUCAUUUCUACUUGACCCUCGACAGCGCCCUGGCUCCAAACGAGCAGAUUACAUUACCUUGGGACUUCAAAUUCGUCGACAAGUCGAGACUAGACCGUGCCCUUCAUCUUGAUGGCGAUGACGACGAUAGGCUACCUGAUAUCACCGAAGCCGAAUACCAAAGUGUGUCGCAUUCGAUCAACCUGGUGUUAUCGGAUCACGGAGGUUGUGCUUGCAAUGCCGGUAAAGAGUGCGCCUUUGUACGAUUUCACCGUGAUUACUACGGCAGAGUGCAUGGCCAGCACCAACAGCCAUCCAAUGGUGUAAAUGGGGUGAAAUCCAAGAAGGGUCGCAAACCCAAGCAGCACGUCUCUCCCACAAGUACAGGCCACGCCACCAAUAGUCGAGCUGCUAGCGAAGGCCAGCCAGAGACAAAUGACGACGACGAUGGCCGUUCCAUUUCUGGCUCCGGGCGUAGCAAACCUCACAGUCGUGAUCCCACACCAAUACAUGGCCCUGAAGCCGAUGCAGUUUUGACAGAGACGAAACGAGAGAAAAGAAAGUUGCUAUUGUUGGAAGAAAAAUUCAAACAAUUGGAACAGGAACAGGAACCGCCACGGAAAAAAAAGAGGCCAUCGGAUGGUUCGAAUGUGAACUCCCCAGUGACUGCUACGGCAUCACAGACAAACUGCAAACCCCGACAGAAAUCAGUCGCAUCGCGAACUGCCGUUUCACAGUCGGCUCACGCAAAAUCUAAUGGAUCCCGAUCUCGUCAGUAUGUCGAUGCCAGCACAUCGCGUCGACAGUCGGGGUCGCCUCUCAGUGCGACAUCUUCAAAAGUUGUAGCCUCUCCAAAACCCAUUCAAUCUCGCGAUGAUUCGAGUGGCUCUCGAUCAGAUGAAUCAGAGGGCUUCCGAUCACGCCAGAAUUCAAUAAGCCCGAAUGUCGUGUAUGCAGAUUCAUCAACACAAACAAGCCCGGAUAAAGAUGCAUGGUACGAGCAGAAAACAAAGUUGAUACCAAAGAGGCCUGUCUUACCACUUUCGAGGCGUUUGCUUAUGAAAAAAUUUAAAGUACAGGAAAAGGCCCAGGAGUUAUUUAAGAAUGAGGAGCGGCAGCGGACAAAUGUUGCUGCAGGGCUGAUGAACGGAGGUCUCCAAAAUCUUUCUUCGCCUACAAUGGCAAUGGAUAUUGACUCACCAAUCCAGGAAGAUCGAUCAAUUACUCAGUCACCCACUGAUUCUAGGGUCCGAAAUGCGAGUAUUUCUUCAUCGACUCCGUCGGCGGACUUCACGUCCAAUUCUGGCGAUUAUCAUACAGAUGGACCAAUACUCGUCACUGGGCAGACAAUGAAACCUCCUUCCUGGACUGGACAAUCCGCCAAUGGAUAUUCACAUAAAUCACCUGAACUACACGUACGAAUGCCUCCAACACAAACAUUUACAACACCUAACCUGUCUGGAACUCCAGGCACACUCACACCGGCUUCCGCAGUACCCUCAUUAGCGAUCUCGCCUUAUGGCACAACUCAGUUCUCAUCAUACCCUUCUGCAAAUGCUGUCAAUCCGAGUCCCGCUCGGAAAAAAAUGUCAAUCAAAGAUUACACCGCUCGACAUAAGAACCAGAGCGCCAAUGGUUCAGGUGGGCGCAAGGCUUCUGUAGGAAGCAGUCCUACAAUAUCACCAGCAGUUCCCAAGCCAGCACUUUCGACUAUUGACGAAAUUAAUUCUAUAGGGGCUCUUCUUGACAGCAAAACUGUGGCAGUUGAUGGGAACAAGAAAGUCGACCAUAGUCUUGUUGAUACGCUCAAGAUUUCACCAUCCCCCAAAAAUAUGCCCCCUCAACACUCGAAUGGCGCAUUGUAA